UCUGUGAGGAUACAUGCCUCAGCUGAGCGCGGGACAUGUGUGGAGCUGCUUGCAGAAGAGCAGAGCAGGACAGCAUGAAUGGGUGGAGGACAAACAGAUGAUUAGCCGAGAGGUGGAGCAGAAUCAGACAGGCCAGUGGAGGCACAUGAGCCUGCACUGGAAUAACUGGCCGAGAUGGAGUCAUUGUCUGGUUCCGAUAGCAGUGAUGUGGAUGGUUGUUCAAGAAGAGUCUCCCCUGCACCCCUCUGUCAGUCUGACUGAAGCUGCGGCUCGAUUGCUCCUCGCUGGGCUGCUGUGUACCGUCACUGCUCUCUGUGCUUUAGCCUUACGCUUCCUGCUACAGCAUGGACAAAGCUUAAAGCUGCAUCUCCCUUAUAAUGGUGACAUUAUAGUGAAAAAAGCAGCUGGAAACCUGCAGGCUAGUAAAAAGGCACAGGAUGCAGGUGAUCUGGAAUCACAGCUCAGUGUUGUUGCUGAUGGAUUAGCCGUGUCUCUCCUUUAUGAGCCGCUGCCGGACUCCAGCGAGCCCCACAUACGAGCACUCGUCACCAGACUGGAGGCAGUGUCUCGGGCAGUCCAGAGGAGGAUUUAUAAUGAGGAAGAGAAGGAGAAAUGUGUACUUCAAGAUAGAGUUCAUCAGAUACGCUCUUACCUGCUGGACAGGGUGAGCUCUCUGCGCUCUUUGCUGCAGGUUCAGCGUGAGUGUGACGCGAGUGUGUGUGAUGUUCAGAGGUCUUUACAGAAGCGCUGGGCUCUGCUAGAGGACUUACACAGCAGAGUCACUCUGAGGCCUGACAGCACACAGGACGAGCACGAGCCGCACGCCGUCCUAACUGACACUGAGAGGCUGUUUACAGAGCUCGGUCAGUUCAAAAGCAGAGUCCAACAGUGCCGGACACAGCUGGAAAACAGUAUAAACCUUUUACAGACCCUUCGCAGCAGUCAUCAGCAUCUGAAUGAGAUUGUGGGCACCACCAUUGAAACUACAUGGACCAAAGACUUAUUACAGACAAACUCUGACCUGUUUUCAGAGAUUCAGGAGGAUUUCAUGUCUUUGGAGCAGCAGACGUCAAAUUUUGUGAUCCACUUGAGAGGCCUAAAUGUUCCCGAGGAGGAAAAGACAAGAAUAAGUGAAGCUGAUCGGACACAAGCAGCGUCUCCUCCUGCCGUCCCAGUGUACGUUGCUGUUCCGGAAGCAGCGCAGCCACAUUCGGGCCCAGAAAGUGAUCCGGAGUCUCCAGAAGCCUCUCAGAAACGCUACUCCAGAUCUCCUUUCCACAUGCUCUGUGGGAGGAAGAGGAGCACGUCCACACCGCAGAUUUGAAGGAGGUCGGAUGUCCCUAAAUGUUGUUGUAUUAAAUUGAGCAGCCUGUUGAGCAGGUUCAUGCACUUUAUGCACAGUUUUACUAGAUAUUCUCAUAGAAAAAUAUGUCUAUAAUUGACAAGAUUUUCAACCUGUAAAAUU